GUAGACAGGCGUCCAGGUUCAUUGAACCCAUGCUGCGGAAAACCACAGACGACAAACCACUCCUACUUACGUGCGUAUUAAUGUAAUGAAAGUAAUGAGUAGGAAUGGGUUAGGGUGAUUACUUGUUUUUUAGUAAUCACGGUGGCAACCUCUUUAUAUAUCAUUUGAUUAAUUAUUUUCCCUUCUUUUUUAAUCUUACGAUCAAGAUUCUUUUAGAGUAAUUUUGGAAAUUAAAAAGUGACCACACCCAGUGGCGUAGCCAGGAAUUUUGCUAAGGUAGGUCCAACAUAAAAAAAUCAUAUUAAUGUUGUAUGAUAAUUCACGACGUGAUUUCAUAUUUUAAAAAGUUUCCUUCACAAAAGGUUCAUUAUAGAAAUUGCAUCCUGUAAGUGGAUAAGAGGACAAUGAUAAUUGUGGGGGAAGUCGAAAGCAUAUUAGGUAGGGAUGAAAAUUUCGAUAUGAACUAUUUUACUCAACUUGUUGGGGCAGGUAAUGACUCGCCCCAUUCUUGACUUGUUUUUGCCUAAAUUACAUAUAAUUUUAUCCAAAUUAUUUAAGAUUUGACUUUUAUUAUGCUAUAUUUUUGCUCUAAUGAAGUUACAAAUAUGUGAGAACCUCAAUUUAUCGAUUAACUUAACUACAUUUAUCAUAUUAUAGUUUGUCUCUUGAUUUUUUAAUGGAAUAUAUGAAUAUUUUUAAUAUUUUCCUUUUAAAUUACAUAUUCAUAUGAGUCGACCUAUCACACAAUAAAUAAUCUGAUAUGUACCCGACCUAGCACGAGACGUGUAUGAAUAUCGAUUAGCCGCCUCGGACCGACCCCUAUGAGGAGUUGGGAUGAGGAAAUAGAGGCAAAUUAGAUUGUAUUUUCUUUUUUCUUUUUUUCGUUUUAACACUACACAAUAAAUAUAUUAUAUGUCAACACAAGCAAUAUGAUUACUAAGGUGUAGCGGUGAAAACCCUUCUCAUUGGCAGGUCCCUGUUUUUGAAUGCCCCAUAUCCGCCAUGCCUUUUUCGGUUUUUCCUGUGUUGGCCGGCUGUCCAAGGUGGUGCAGCCGACCCACCUUGGUAUAGUGUGGCUCCGCCACUGACCACACCUGAUUAUUCUAUAUAAUCUACCUAAACCCUAGUUCUAUCCUCCCUCCAGCCAAACCCGUCGCAGCCGCCUCCACGUACCACUCUCGUCGCACCGCCGGCAACAGCCCCGACCACCCUCGGCCACCGCUGGCAACAGCCCCCGACCACCCUCGGUACUCUCUCUCUCUCUAUAUAUCUCUCUAGGAAGACCUCUGAUGUGAUAGCUUCCGUCAAUAACGCAUUCUCCGGAGGGAUCAAACCAGCUCGCCGGCGUGGUGGAAAUCUCAGGACACAAGAUCCGCAGCUCCCCACCACGGCGCUCCUCAAUUCUACCCUUCCCCGACCUACGUUACCCUCUCUGUCUCUCGUUCGCUCUGAAAAUCAAUCUCUCUCUCUGCUCUCUUUCUUAUGUGCAGUGGUAUAGAUUUAAAAACCUAGAUCUAGUCAUUUUUGUUUAUUGAUUCAAUGUGCAGUGGUAUAUAUUGUUUAUAUUGGUAGUUUUCGUGUAAUUGUAUAGAUUUAUUUCUGCAAUGGUAUUGAUUGUUUAUGGUAUAGAUUGUUUAUAUUGGUAGUUUUCGUGUAAUGGUAUAGAUUUAUUUCUACAAUGGUAUUGAUUGUUUAUGGUAUAGAUUGUUUAUAUUGGUAGUUUUCGUGUAAUGGUAUAGAUUUAUUUCUGCAAUGGUAGUUUUCGUGUAAUGGUAUAUAUUUAUUUCUGCAAUGGUAUUGAUGUUUUUCAAAGUGGUAGUGUUUGUCUAAUGGAUUGGUACUGAUUUCUUUUUUUUUUUUUUUGCAGAAAGAUUGAGAAAAAUAUGAAAAGGAAAUCUGGCUGGAGAUUACGGAAGUGAGAGAAAGAGAGAAUUUUAAUUAAUAGAUUUUUGUAACUACCUAAAAUGUAAUUUAUUAAAAAAUUAAUUAAUAUAAUUUAUUUUUCCAUACCCAAUUUACCCUUAGUAACCAUGAUGAUUACUACAACCUGUCCCGUAAUUAGUAAUUACCUAAGCCCUUGGAGGCGUCCAUGAGCCGUUUUGUCUCUUCCCCGCUGCGCCAAUUUUUUUGCUUUCGAAAGCUUCCAACACUUGACGACGACACUGCAGGAAGUGUGUUUACUGUUUAGCGUAAUUUAGUGAUCGAUUUUGUCUGCACGAGUAUUUACUUCACCAUGCAAAGUCUUGCGUGCAUAGACUUAUAUAAGCACUUAAGCAUAAUUUAAAUGAAGAUACCAUCCCAUUCCCAUGCACCCACGUCGGAUUCACUCAAUCGAUCCGCACUUGAAAGGGAUCCCAUUUCGGAUAUUCCUUUGAAUCUUUCACUCUAUCGCAUACACUAAAUGAUUAAUUACCCUGCCCGAUUGCUGAGUUUCAAUACUUGAAAUCAUUCACUAAGACAACAGAGUACCGCAAACAGAACACGACAUUAUAUCGUCUCUAGUAAUCCUAAAAUACAAGUUAAUCAGUUAGAGUUAUUGAAUUAUUAAACUCAUUUAACAGUAGAAUAAUAUAAUCGUAUAUUUGUUUAUUAUGAACCAAAGACGAAUUAAAAAUUAAACCAAACAAUGUAGUCACAUACUUUUUACGUACCUCUGGUCAAACAAUACAGUUUAGUGUAAAAAAGUCAAUAUAUUAUUCAUGGAUGCUGAUGCAAGUACUCAAACAAAAGAGCUAAGUUACCAUUAAAUGAUACAAAAGCCAAACAAAAAAAGUCCCCUAGCCACUAGCCAGGUUCAAAUCUGAAUUUGGACACAAAUCACACCCAAAUCCAUCCCAAAUCAAGCCCAAAUUCAUUACAAAUGAAACCCCCCUCUCCUCUCCUCUCCUCUCCUUCUCCCCCGCCAUGUCUAUAUAAUAUAAAAAAAGGUAAAAGACGGAGUAUCUCUCUUCAACAUUAUAUCGACAUCUUCACCUCAUUCAUCUCUCUGCUGUACUUACCCGAAUUAACUGCACACAGAAGACGACAUUAUAUCGCCAUUCUCUCCUCAUCCCCCCGCCAUAGCUUGCUUGGCGCCCAAUCUUACCAUAUUCUCCCUCCCUCUCUGUUAUUUAUUGUAACCCUACCCUCCCUCCCCAAAUCACUACUCAAUCGACUUGAUAUCUGCACCAUCAAUUGAGCCCGAGAUCGCCGCGGGGAGAAAUGACUAGAAGAUUCAAUAGGCAGCUGGCUGCCGCUUUCGACGAAGCCGCUCUGGCCAUUAAGGACAAGGGUCCCUGCGAGAGCAGCGGCAGCGAGCAUUUCACACCCGACGAUUCCUUCCCCGCCGCCGACCUCUCCGAUCUCGUGAACUCCUUCUUCGAGGGAGACUACAACAGGAAUCGCACCAAGAAGAGAGAGAAGGAUUUUCAGGAAUCGAAUAGGGACGACGAGGAAUUCGACGGCGGAAGAAUGCGGACCGUGAUUGAUGAAUUGGAGAAACUGCUGAAAGGAGACGAUGAAGGCGGCCGGGAAGAGCGGGAGAGGAUUCGCUACUUGACGGAACAGGCUCUGGCUACCGGAAUUGGGGACAGAUCUUCGGACGGAUUCAAACGCCGUUUGAUGACCCGUCUACGCGAUGCCGGCUUGGAAGCUGGACUCUGCAAAUCGCGGUGGGAGAAAACAGGGACGCGCUGCGGAGGCCAGCACGAUUACAUCGACGUCAAGCUCGGCGACGGGAAACGCUACAUCGUGGAGGUGUUUCUGGCGACGGAGUUUGAGCUGGCGCGGCCGAAGUUGGAUUUCUCGGCCUUACUGCGGUCGAUUCCCGACGUGUUCGUGGGGAGGCCGGAGGAGCUGAAGCAGGUAGUGCGGCUGAUGUGCGGGGCGGUGAGGCGGUCGAUGGAAGCGGCGGAGAUGCGGGUGCCGCCGUGGAGAAGGACCCUUUUCAUGGAAGCCAAGUGGUUCGGCCCCUACAGGCGGACGGUGAACAGGGCGCCGUCGAACAACGAUCGGGAAGCUCGCCCGGCGAGACGGGCGGUCGGGUUCGGCCUGGUUGUUGAUGGGCACGGCACGGCGGUGACCCGGGGUAAGGUCGGGUUGUUGAAGGUCAGCCAUUUGACUGCUGCGCUUGCCGGGUGAGGCCCAUGGGCUUGAUGUCGAUGGAAGGCCCAUAGUUCUUCCACAAGGUGGAGUUUGCAGUUGUGGCAAAAUGUUUACCGUCUGCCUAUGAAAAUUUGUAUAAAAAAGUCUUUGAUAUUAGAAAAUUGUAAAAAAAUAAUUUGGGUGCCUAAGGUGGGAAAUUUUUUGUCGAAUAGAUUUGUUGGUUUCGGUUUCCCAUUUCUUAAAUCUAAUGUAUUCAAUUCUUGUAUUAUUUAACAAGAGUUAAAUGUAUUCAAUUCUAGUAACCAUAUAAAAAAAAAUCUCGUAAGAUAACAUGAUGGAAACAUAACCCACAUUCAAAGGGUUUGCUUGUUAUUAACAAGCGAGAGAACGACGUAGAGUGUUGAAAGACUUUUAGUUUUAUUAUUCGAUUGAUAAAUCGGACUAAUAUCGUAAUUAUAAUAUAUAGAUGACUCAACCUAAUACGUCACCCUAGCUGACCCGAAACCCUACUAACUACUCAAGCUUACUCGGCAAUACCCAUAAGAAGAAUCCUAAUUGGACUACUAAGCCCAUACACUACUACCCUACCAACUACGUAAACAGACUAACCCAAACUAAUCUAAACAACCUUAACUAAACACGGGAUGGGAUACAGUCACUUCCUCUUAGAGGGUUGUGAGAUUCACAACCAAGGGUAAUUUGGGUAUAACAAAAAAUAAAUUUAUUAAUUAUUUUUUUGUAUUAAUUACAUAUUGGGAAUUCAAAACUCAUAUUAAAUACAUGCUUUUUUUAAAAAACCCUACAUUAAUACACUUAUAUCUCUCUAUCUCUCUCUACUUUUUCCAGCAACCUCUUCGCUCCGUCCGCCAAACUUACUCCGACCGACAAACUUUUUUCCGGUGACAACCUUCAAUCAGACUCACUCCGCCCACCUGCAAAAAAGUACAACUUCGUGAAUGCGCUAGUGGUAGUGAUUUUCAUCUAGCGUACAGUGGUACUGGUACGAUACCAGUGAGUAGUGGUAGCGUACCAGUACCACUGAUAACGUACCGGUACCACUGGUGCGUACCAGUACCACUGGUGCGUACCACUACCACUGGUAGCGUACCACUACCUCUUAUAGGUACCAGUACCACUGGUAGCGUACAACUAAAGACUAACACAAAAAACCAGAUCUGGAAUCUGAAAAAUCACAGAUUUGAAAAAAAUAUUAGGAGAUGAGGAAAGGGAAAGGCAGGGGAGAGGCGGUGACCUCGUGGCGGCUAGGGCUGCAAAUGAGCCGAGCUACUCGCGAGCAACUCGAGGCUCGAAUCUGGAAAAACUCGUUCGAAACUCGAUUCGUUUACUAAUGAGCCAAGCUUGAGCUUAGCUUUGUUAAGCUCGCGAGCUAGCUCGACUCGGUGGCUUGUUGAGCUGAACUCGUGAGUUGGCUCAUUUAGAGCUCAUGAGAUGUCUCAACAUUGUGGUUUGAUGGCCAACUUGAUCACCGACUUAUGGACGAAUCGAUCUAAUUUGGACUUUCAUAAUUCAUAGGAUUGUUAAAUUAUAUAUCUCACAUCAUGCGAAUUUUAACAUGUUGAACAUGUAAGAAAAUAUGCCUUAUUUUUAAUUCUAUAAAGAAAUUAUGUACAAAAUUGUUUCGAUACUAUGAAAUAACAUAAUUUGAACUAGUUAAAAUUUAUUAACUAAACAAUAUGACACCUACAAAUUAUAAUAUAAGAUUAAUUAAUGU